AUGGGGCACAGGCAAAAUGGGACAACAAGAGGCAUCCAUCCCGAAGUCCCAGGGGGAAAAAAAUAUGUUAGACUCGACAGUGACACGAGGUUGGAUCGACUGAGUGCUGACGCGGAAACCGGUCUUAUAUUGCUGAGCAAAUUUGACACCUACACCAUGGAGUCAAGAGGGUUGACACAGUGGUUCUUGAUGGUACUCAUGAUGGCGUCGACGCUGUUGACGCUGAUGCUCGCGGAAGCGGCGCCUCGCAAGAACCGCCACCGCGUGCGCCACGAGCGGAUCCGCGACACGCCCGUGAUUGAAACAUCCUUGGGACCUAUUCGAGGCCUGUCGAAAACAGUGCAUGGUAAAAUUGUGCACAUGUUUCUCGGGGUGCCAUUUGCCAAACCGCCUGUGGGUGAGUUGCGGUUCCGCAAACCUCUGCCAGCCGAACCCUGGACCGACGUAUUCGACGCCAAUUCGCUGCCCAACAGCUGCAUCCAGGAGUCCUACGAAUACUAUCCCGAUAAUCUUAUAUCUGCUACUUUUUUGCAAGCCCUGAUGGGUUCUACUUUGGGUAGUUUCUACGGAGAAGAGAUGUGGAAUCCGAACACAAAUGUGUCAGAGGACUGUCUGUACCUGAACCUGUGGGUGCCAGACGCAGUGCUGGUAUCAGCAACAUCCUCAUCAUCCGGGGCAGCAUCGCCUGCAAAUGGCAGUGCAGUGCUUGCCUGGAUCUACGGGGGUGGAUACAUGAGCGGCACGAGCACCUUGGAUGUUUAUGACGGUGACAUCCUGGCAGUGACAGAAAAGGUCAUAGUGGUGUCCAUGAAUUACCGGGUGGGGGCAUUGGGGUUCCUGUGUCUGGGCAUCGAGCAGUUCCCGUGCAACCAGGGACUCUGGGACCAAGCCCUAGCUCUCACGUGGAUCCAGAAAAAUGUGGCCCGGUUCGGGGGAAACCCGGAUCUGGUAACCGUGUUUGGUGAGAGUGCAGGUGGGGGCAGUGUUUCCAGCCUGUUCCUGUCACCAUUGACAAGGCACCUGGCCAAGAGGGGCAUCAUGCAAAGUGGUUCCCUCAAUGCACCUUGGAGCUACAUGACCAAAGCAACAGCCAAGCUGCGCUCACUAGCAGUCGUUGACUUGGUUGAGUGCGACUCAAGUCAGUUCCUGACGGACUUCCAGUCCAUGUACACCUGCCUGAUGGAGAUGCCGUCCAAGAACUUCUCUGUGAUGCAGUGGUACGUGUACGAAGUCGGAAUGCGGUUUCCGUUCAGCCCGACGAUAGACGGAGUCCUUCUGCCCAAGUCACCGGCGGAAAUGCUGCGGGACAGAGACUUCAAGAAGACAGAACUGCUGCUCGGCAGUAACUUGGACGAAGGGUCCUAUUUUGUGCUGUACGACUUCUUCUCCAGCUUUAACAAGGAGGAAGCCACGUUGCUGACUCGGAGUCAGUAUGAGGUCAUCAUGCGGAAAAUCUUCAAGGACUUGGACCCACUCGAAAUUAGUGCUGUACUAUUCCAGUACACGGACUGGCAUGAGCCCGAAAAUAGUCGCAGCAACCAGCAGAUGAUUUCUGCAGCUGUAGGCGACUCCCUACUCGUCUGCCCCACCAACUUUUUCGCACAAUCCUUUGCAGCCGCAGGCAAUGACGUCUACUACUACUACUUCACCUGGAGAACAGCUGCGCAUCCUUGGGGCAGCUGGAUGGGAGUUUUGCACGGAGAUGAAAUAGACUACGUUUUUGGCCAUCCACUCAACAAGUCCAAGGUGUUCACCAGGGAGGAGAAGGAGCUCAGCAAGCGUGUCAUGAAGCACUAUGCCAAUUUCGCCAGGACGGGGGACCCGUCGCUGGACUCGGGCCCGGCCUGGCCCAAGUACACCCGGGAAAACCCGGUUUACCUGGAGUGGAAUGCGAACCGGACCGGCGAGAUCGGCAAGGGACCCCGGGCCAGGGAGUGCGCCUUCUGGAACGAGUUCAUGCCGCAUUUGCGGGUCGCCCACGACCCCGAGGGCCAGCCGAGAUGCGGACUGCAGACAGAAAUUCGGUCGUCGGACAAGUCGGCACAAUUGACUGCUAGAAGUUCUACUUUCCAAACGCCGGCUGCUAGCCUAAUCGUGGCUUCAGUCUGCUUCGCCUCCUUGCUGAGAGCGAAGAAGAUAGUAGUUCAAGUAUAGAAGUCGAGCGACAUCUGUUUCGCCAAAUCUGACCACGUGACCCUGGCCUUGCCGGGCACAUCGCCACGAGAGGACGCUGUCUUUCGCCUUCAAAGGCUUUCUUUCCCGUCUUUCGCUCGAAAUUUUUUGUACGCAAAAAUCGUAUUUAGGCAAUCCCGCAAACGGGGUGGGACGCAUCUUACCCUUUAUUGCCUAGAGGAGGAAAGAAAACCGCUGCACUUUCAUAUCGUCAGAAGCUUGUCUUUCGGUCGGGAUCCCCGGCGAACGUUUGAGGAUUAGACGUUUUACAUGCUUGUUCUACGACGGAGACGUUGGAGUUUGAUGAAACCCCUGUGAAAUGAGUGGCACUCGAGUGUUUUUGUAACUAUGAGCUGUGAGUUGUAAAAGGAGGAAACAGAGAAUCCGACUCGUACGUCCGUCAUCGUCGAGUGGUGGUUGGUUGGUGAACCAAUGAGUAUUUUGUUGGCGUUCGCGCAUCUUCCCCCACCCCGUCAUUACUUGGGUAUUUCUACGAGUCUUUCGCUGUCCAUCGUAGUGGGCAUUUCACAAAUUUCUCGGCGUGUCGCGCACGACUCGGCAAUGUAGGGACGAAUGUUCUGACCACUUAGCAAAGGAAUAAAACGAUGAUUGAUUUCCAUAA